UGUGCUUAUAUUUAUUCGUAUGACUUUAUUUACUGCUUCAAAUUCAUCAAACCGUGCGGCGAAUUACUUUUUUAAUCAUAACACAGCUCUAAGUUGAAUAAGAAUUAGUAACAUCAGGUUUAUUAAAUUGAAAUCAAUUUAAUAAGUAAUGCUAACUAGCAUCUAAAUAUUAGAACCUUUUCCCUCUGAUGAAUUUGAAGAAGUAUAUAAGAUGACACGAAUAAAUAUAAAUACUAACAUCUAACUACGGCCGUUGAAAGUGUUCUUGUUUAAUUAAAAUUAUUUCAUUCAAAAAGUAGUAAACUCAAAGUUCGAUUUACUUGGUGCUCUAUGAAUAUUAUUGGAAAUAAAAAAGUGGAUGCGUUGGCAAAGAAAUAAGGUUCGAUGAUUUUAAUUAAUAACAAGGACUGUGAUUAAUAACAAACUAUCAUUCAAAAUAAUGUACUGUACUGAAUAUAAAAGAAAUAAAAAUUAUAUUUAAUUAUAUUUAAUUUCUGAAGAAGUAAUGGAUAAUGAAGUGACUGCUGAAUUACCACUGUUAGAGACGUAAUGUAUUUCACUGAUUUUAUCGUUAAGUAAUUAUUUCGUAUUAAACUGGUUAUAAAUUCAAGGAUGGCUUUAAUCGAGUAUAAAUGGUUGAACGCUGCAUAUCUUAAAUGGAAAUUAUAUUUAUGGAAUUACAACAAGAAAUGGGUACACACGUGCAGAAUGACGUCAUACGUAAUCGCUUUACACGAGGCAGAUUGUGCAAUUAGACUUGUACGCAAUACGCGGAACCUACGUAAGCCAUGGCGCACGCAUUUUUCUCACGCCGGACGACGUUCGAGCGGAGUUGCAAACGCACUUCGAAUAAACGUCCAUCGGACAUCCAUUGGACGCUCUGAUGUUUAUAAACGCACGUCCAAUGAACGUUCACGUGCAAUCUGGCCGAGAUUGGUUCUUGAGAGGCUCAUUUAUGUUCCUAAAUCCUUGGAGGAUAAGAUUGAACGAGCCAGGAUAUACAAAUUUGUUAAAAGAAGAUUACGGUUGGGAUUAUUGGCCAAAGUUCUGAUUAUUUCGCAUCAUCAAAUGUGGUGUGGUACUGUGGCUUUUAUAAAGCCAGAAAUCCAGAGGCCAAGAAAAAAAAUAAGAAGAAGGCUAACUGCUUUUCGAGGCCGAGCCUGGACCGGGCACAUAAAAAAAAAGAGACAGUGGUACAUCUCUCUCUUUGUCUAGCUGAUUAAUGAUUAAUUGAAAGUAUCUUCCCGGCUUUUUCUAAUCUCUUUCUAUCUUUCAGUAGAAAGAGACGGAAAUGUACUUCUUUACCCUCUCUCUUGUCCCGCAUCUGUCUCUUUUCUUCCUAUUAGACUUAGCCUUCCAGUAUAGAUUACAGUUCACUAAGUCGUAUCCAUGAUGCAUCAUGGCCAUAAGCAUGAGUAUAUAUAUAUGACCGUAUCGUGUGCAGCGGGUAUUCGUGUUGUUGCAUCUUGCCAAUGUGGCAAAGGCUUCCUAUAACUUGGACAGUCAACUUAAUAAUUGAUACCUCGGUUCACGGGCCAAAGCGACACCAUUAUCUGCUAGAUCCGUUCGUUUCGCGUCGAUUGAGCCUAUUCAUCAAUUUCGAAGGUAAGACUCCUAAAGCGAAUAAUUAAUUACCGUAAUUUAUAUUAACUAAAUCGUACAUAUGUAGUUUGCACAGCU